AACAUACUAUUAUCAUAUUUUGUUCGUGCCGCCAUCAAAACACUCGAAACUAAAAAUUACAAACGAGUAUCCGACUUAAUGAUUCAUUUUUAUUUUGAGUUAUGACUUAUGACCAGACAGUAAAUACUAAAUAUUAACGACCAAUGAUAAACGUAAAACAUUCGUCAUUUGAUACUUCGUCCGACACUCAGUAGUCAGUUGGCUGGAAUUCUUCACGGCUCUAGCGUCCCGUACAAUAUACAUUUAUUAAUUAUUACUUCGCUUUCCGUUUUCCCCGUAACCGUAAACACUACGACUACACGAUGAUUUCAUUUGAAGUUGACGAAGUUUUGUUCAGAACGUACGUGUUUUACACGGCCAUAUUAGUACUGAAAGUACUCGCAAUGGCCCCACUGACGGCCAAACAACGUUUCGCAAAAAUGGUAUUCGCUAACCCUGAAGAUGCAAAAAUGAAUUCAAAAUCUAAAGUGAAGUAUGAUGAUGCUGAUAUUGAAAGAGUCAGAAGGGCUCAUCUCAAUGAUUUAGAAAAUAUUCCACUAUUUAUUAUUGUAUGUUUUGGAUACUUAUUAACGAGUCCAAAUGCAUUUAUUGCUACCAAUUUAAUAAGAUUGUUUGUAGCAAGUAGAAUAAUUCAUACAAUAGUUUAUGCUGUGGUCGUUUUACCUCAACCGGCCAGAGGUUUAUCAUGGUUUGCUGGAUUCGCAACAACCGUGUAUAUGGCUGUUCAAGUUAUUUUAAGUUUUGUUUAAUAUUAUUGUAUACAAAAUAUAUAAAAGCUCAUUAUUUUAUUAUUAA